ACUCUGAUCUCUGGCAGGUUUAUUGAUGUUGCCGUUAUGACUUUUUUUAAGUAUGUUCUUUGAGAAGUUGUGUUAAUCUAAUUGAACAUGUAGCUUUAAAGUGCUCGAUUGGUCUGUGUAUUUUCUCUAAAUUUUUGCCAAAUAAUUACGCAAAUAUUUGCCUUUAGGCCCUAUCAUUGACAUUCGCCUUUCUAGCGUUAUUUUAUUCUAUAAUCAGAAUGUCCACUUGUGUCAACAAACGGGACGACAGACAGAACAGUCUGUCCGGACAUCUUAACUGAGGACCUAAAGAUGUUGCGGUUGGUCCAACCCCUCCCAUGGCUGUGCGCAGAAAAGCGCACACGCUCGUGCUCUUUACGCAUCGUUUUGGUCCAGCGUUUCCUAUAAAAUUCACUUUCAUCGAGGAACACCUACAGCGCAGUCUCGAAUCUUUUCCAGUCUUUCAAGUGGUGCACAAGGAUACCCUAAUGAGAUCAUUACCCUGGGUACAGAAGCCUAGCAUGGGUGACUGCGGAUUCGCUGCUUGAAGGAGAGACGAAACGCCAAGGAUUACAUCCAUUAAUGUUGGAGUGAGCCGCAGGACUGAUAAACAAUCGAAGUCUGUGCGGAUGAUUGGAUAAAGCCUGAGUACAGAAUGGCAAGUGUAAACCGAUAGGGACGGUGUAAACAUUGGCAGACCUCAUUUCCCUGUUACCUCCAUUUCCUCUAGCCUAUCUGCCGCAGAGACAAAACGUGCGGUUUUGGUUUCACAAGGAACACCUCAUAAAAGAAAUAACAGGCUCAGAACGGGGAGUUCAGUUUUUUUGUUGUUGUUGCAAUUCAUUUCAUCACAAGGAGACCCGCGCUUUUUUAGAAUGUGGGACUCCGUGUCAUGCAGGGAAGUUGGUAUUUUAAUUGCGCAGCCAGAGUUUCCACAUAUCUGCUGAAGUGAUGUGAUUGUUUUGUUUCCCCUUUCGUCUGCGGCCAGGCUGCAGGCAUCUUCGUCGGAGGUGUUCCCUCGUUGCCUGUGCAACUGAAGUUAAAUCGCAUCUUCGACAACGUGACGUAGCCUACAACAUUAGUUGAUCUUCUUUUAAAGAUAUACCUGUAUGGUAUAUUGGUUUUAUUGUCGGUAUGAGCUGUCUCUUCAAGGUAUGUAGUCAAUGACGUUAUUAAUUUGAUUCGAAAAAAGAAUAACUUACCAAAACUUCCAGCUCACAAAGAUUCGGGGUGGGUAUGGGCGUAUGCCCAAUUUUCCCCCGUCUAUUGACGCAAGACCUUUUUGCGAUGUGAACGCCUGUAGGUGUAUAGGCUACUCAGGUUUGGAAAAAAUGUCCUAGAGGUUUGUGUUUAUCUUCUUUACAGACAUCGCUACAUGUAGCAGUCAGGAGUGAUGCCUCAUUCAUCAAGUUCAACUCUGGAGUUUCUUUCCUGACUCUAACCCUUUCUGGCUGUCGGCAAAUGUGAAUGACUUUCAGACUAAAUUAUAAUAUGAUAAAUUCAUAAAUGGGCGUUACCGUUAGUAAUGACAAGUUAGCAUGAGUCUUGGAAGAGCUUGCAGUGUACACUAACACAAGUAUGGGAGCAAAACAGACAAAGGGGGCUGAGGCUGGCCCAAGCCCUCAUCACGGUUGGAAACGGACACCGACAAAGGAGCGAAACGAUUUAUUUGCCUCGUUCAUGUUAAGGUCAGGGGACCGACUUAGCCGAAGCGGGACCCCUCCUCCUUACCAGCGACGUAUCGGGAUGAUUCAGGAGAUGAUGAUGAUGGCAAAGCAAGGAAAACAAGACGAGGCAACAGAGAUGCUGAAGACACUCCGACAGGAUUUAGGAAUGGAGUCCACGUCUCUGGAUGAUGUCCUGUACCGAUACGCCAGCUUCCGCAACCUGGUGGACCCCAUCACCCAUGACUUGAUCAUCAGCCUGGCCAAAUACGUCCACUGCCCCAAAACGGAGGGUGACUCGCUGGGUGCCAUGGAGAAGGUUUGCCGGCAGCUGACGUACCACCUGAGCCCGCACUCUCACUGGAGGCGGCAGGGUCUGCUGAAGAGGAAGCCUCAGGCCUGCCUGAAGUCUGUUUUGUCCGUCCCUCCAGCCAGUGGGGCCUUAGACCUGUCGGGCAUUCCUCUGGCCGUGCGGGACAUGGAGCGCCUGUGCGCUCACCUCCAGCGCCACGCCUCGCGCAUCUGCAGCCUGGAGCUGGGCUUCACCGAGCUUACGGACGAGGCCUUCCUGGUGCUGCUUCCCACGCUGGCCGUCCUGCCCCGCCUCGAGACGUUGGCCCUCAACGGCAACCGGCUGACACGUGCCGUCCUCAAGGAGCUCACAGACACCCUGAAGGACCCGGACAGCUUCCCCAGCGUCACAUGGAUCGACCUGGGCAACAACGUGGACAUCUUCUCCCUGCCGCAGCCCUUCCUGGUGAGCCUGCGCAAGCGAUGCCCCAAGCAGGGCAACCUGCCCACCAUCUUGGAGUUCGGGGAGAGCCAGGCCAGUGAGCCCGAGUACAGGGUGGACGGUGAGGAUGAGGGCGACGACACCAACCGGACCGAGAGCACAGGUGAGCUGCGGUCCGAAGUUGAGGGAGAGCUGGAAGGGGAGAUGGACGGAGAGAUGGAAAUCGAGGAGAUGAUGGAAGAACUGCUGGACUUUGAUCGAGAGGUGCAGGGCAAGGAGGACGAGGAUGAGAGCAUGUGGACCAUGGAAGACCAACGAGUCGGGAAAAAAACGAGACAGGAGAAGCCGAGCAAAGGGAAGAAGGGAAAGGAGGCAGUGAAAGCGGAGGAGGAGGACGACACCCAGAGUCAGUCCUCACAGAUGUCUUGCUCCAGUCCGUCCCACAAUUCCUCUGGGGCCUUUCAACUGCACAAAGAGGACAGUGGGAAUAGGGCAGCACCUCCCUCAGACAACUUGACCUGAGAUCCACAUGUCGAUUAUCUGUGCCAUUCUUUGUAAUAGGUGUGUCGUUUAGAGAGAGAGUGACAAGGAGAGAGAACACGACAAACCCUGUCAUCUCCAGUUGUGGGUAGCUUUGGUUGGGAGCUUGCCCAAACCAAAAAGAUUGGGAGGGGUCAUUGAUGGUUCAUUUUGAGGAGAUGACAACCAACAAAUGACAGCAACGUGUAUGAUUUCAUUAGCCCUAACAUAUAACCUAACGUGUAAUAUAGUACUGCAGUCUGAACCACUCGUUAAAUACAAAGAUUAUAUUUUACUGUAAACUGGUAUGUUUUUAAUAUAUCAUUCAGGUGUCUCUCCCCUUUAUCCUGUCCAGUUGUGGACAUAUGCCUAUGUGCCUGUGACAUUGCUACCUUGCUGUAGAAUGGAUUGUGUAUUUGCGGAGUUGGAAAGUGAGGAUGAGACAGAGCAAGGCAGACAUGUCUUCAUCCCCCCCUAAUUCUCUGCCUUCAAAUCUAUGCACCCAGCUCUUAGAAAUAACCAGCACUCCCCAGGCCCUUUGUUCCUGCCCAGUAUUUCCUAAUCAAUAAAUACCGCCCAGAGCUUUGGUUUGACAGCAGGCGGAUGUGCUGAGAGCAGCUUUAAUGAAGUGUUACCUUUUGAAGAGGGGACAAACCAAAAAAGAAAAAAAAAACACACUGAAAAGGAACAGACUAGCGAGAGAGGAUGUCCCUCUUUGACAGUAUUUAGGAUCUGUACAAAAGCAAGCUGUCACUGUGAGGGGAAACAGUGCCUGAGGAAGGGAAGGGAAUGAACUAAAGAGAUUCCUCUCCCUAGUUGUCUAAAGAGGCACAUCUUUUGGACAACAGACUGAGGAGGGGAGUUUCAGCUUAAAGGUGCAGUACGUAGGAUUUAGUGGCAUCUAGUGGGGAGGCUGCAGAUUGGCUUCUUUCUGAGCAUGUAGCAGAGCCACCAGGUGUCAUAAAGAAACGUGAAAGGGCCUCUUGAGUUUCAGUGCGGUUUAUCCAUUCUGUGCUACUUUAGAAACAUGGCCGUGCAACAUGGAGUCUAUGUUGAUACGGAUCACUUAUUGUAAGCUAACGAAAACAAUGAUUCAUAGUCAUAGUUGAUUAUACACUAAUGAAAACAUAGUUAUGAUUAUUAUAUUUGAUUUCUACUAACCGCUCUCCCUACAUCCUACUGCACUGUUGCAAAUUAGGAAAUUUUGAUAUGUAAUUACCAGAGCCAUCCUAGCCUCGCUCACCCCUUUAUUCACACAUACAUAACUUCUCACAAAUAGUGUUUCUUUUCAUUUCUAGGAAAUAUUUACACCUACUUAAAUGUACCUUAUAUAAUUGAAUAUCAUUCAUAAUUGUACAGUUAUGAAGGAAGCGUGUUGUUCAAUUACUUUUAGAGUGGGAUAAGAAUCUGCUUUGAACACAUGUAAAUGUAUUUUGCUAAUUAGAUGCUGCUAUCUCUGUUUGCUUAGAGGUUGUACAACUACCCAAAUCUUAUUGUGAAUAAUUAUAUCCCAUACAAGCUAAAUUACAGUAUUUGUGUCAAUCUUUCCCCUUAUAUAUUGGAGCCUCUUUUAAAUGAAUUGAACAGAUACCCCGUGUGCACUUUAAUGAAAUAUGUUUCUCAUUCUCAGGUCCUCAUACCAUAAGGAGUGAUUUCAUCUCAGAGAAAGACAUUCUGUUAAUGUCAUUGUGGGUUUGUCAAAAAAUCAUAGUUAACCUCAAUUCAUCAUUAGUUUAAAUGUUCAGUGAAUCUGUGAUUCCGUAUUUAGUGUAGCAGAGUGACCACUGACUGAUAAUAAUGAUCUACUCCAGACAUGUUUGCACCAUGCCUAUAGUGAGUCUUUAUGGACCUAUCUGCAUUUAAAAUGAGUUGACACUAAGUAAAACUACAAAUGUAAUGUGAAGUAACAUGAACCUGAUGCAAACAAUUUUCAUUUAAAUUGUUAAUUAACAUAAUAAAAAGAUGACAUUUUUCUGAUAUUGACA